AUCUUACUUGAAUUUGUUCGAUCGUCCGCCAUUCCCUACAGAUUCCCUAUAUUCUAUAUUCAACCCUCAGGAGAAAAAGUGGGAACUCUUCCUUUCCACCUUCAUGCGCAUCGAGUCUGACCGCCUUUUCUUCCCGGUUCGCUCGUUCAUGUGCCGGUCAAUGUUAGAGUAUAGUGACAUCCUGCCUCAUCCUGCUAUCGUCUUGCUAUUGAGCACCAACCACAAACAUUAUCCCGAGAUUUGCUACAGGGGCGAACAGAGUAAAACAAACACGAUCAUGCCUACUCGAAGAUAUGUUUUGUAUCUUAUCAUCACAGUUCUUUGUUUGUCCUAUGGAUAUUCGAUAAUUCUCAAACCAAUAUUAUACGCUGCCUAUAAUCUGCUAUGGUGGAUAUUCAUAGUGCCUGUUUGGGCAUUAUAUGGCCUUCGCUGGAUCUCCUGGCAAAUCAUUAGAGGUAUCAGAGCACUGGCAUGAGAGAGUCUUGAUAUGGAUGAGAGAUGUGCAAACGGAAUAGAGGGACCAGGACGGGAA